UGCGGCAUGGAUGUUUACUAAAAAUGUGCAGGCCGAACACAUUUUUGAGCGUAGCCGUUUUUGCGUGGUCAGUCUUUUAGUUGUAAUAAAUAAUGAAAGUAGUGGAGUAUUUUGCAUAGAAAUUAUACAAAUUUUCUCUUGUGUUGCUGGCAUUUUUCGAUUGUUUGUAUCGAUUACUAUUGAUUAACAACGGCUAACGGUUUUCGGUCCAAUUAUUGAAGAAAUAAGCAAGGAUUAUGAUGGAAAACGGUGAUUAUGCCGUGCAGUACGGCGAAGAAAGCUACAUGGAACAAGAAGAAGAGUGGGAACGUGAAGGUCUGCUAGAUCCUGCCUGGGAAAAACAACAAAAAAAGACCUUCACUGCAUGGUGUAAUAGUCAUCUUCGAAAGGCCGGUACAUCAAUCGAAAACAUUGAAGACGAUUUUCGCAAUGGACUCAAACUCAUGCUGCUGCUGGAAGUCAUUUCCGGCGAAACCCUACCAAAGCCAGACCGCGGUAAAAUGCGUUUCCAUAAGAUUGCCAACGUUAACAAGGCAUUGGAUUUCAUCGCAUCUAAAGGUGUGAAACUAGUAUCCAUUGGAGCAGAAGAAAUCGUCGAUGGCAAUUUGAAAAUGACACUGGGUAUGAUCUGGACAAUCAUUCUCCGGUUCGCCAUUCAGGACAUUUCAGUGGAGGAAAUGACAGCCAAGGAAGGUCUGCUGCUUUGGUGUCAACGCAAAACUGCCCCUUACAAGAAUGUUAACGUUCAAAACUUCCAUCUCAGUUUCAAGGACGGUCUAGCGUUCUGCGCACUGAUUCAUCGUCACAGACCCGAUUUGAUAGAUUAUUCCAAACUUUCGAAAGACAAUCCCCUCGAGAAUUUGAAUACAGCGUUCGACGUAGCCGAAAAGUUCCUGGAUAUUCCACGCAUGUUGGACCCGGACGAUUUGAUCAACACUCCAAAGCCAGAUGAACGUGCCAUUAUGACUUAUGUGUCGUGUUAUUAUCAUGCUUUCCAAGGAGCUCAGCAGGUUGGAUAUAGGAAAAUUAGCGUCAAUUCCACUGUCUCAGUGUUGUGUUAUUUGGAUUUGACUAACAAAUAUUGGUUAAUAUCAACCAGCAUAAGAAUGGGUACUUUCUUUGACAAUCUCCAGAAUACCGCAAUGCCAGAUGAACGGGCUGUCAUGACCUAUGUGUCAUCGUACUACCAUUGCUUCAGCGGCGCACAAAAGGCGGAAACUGCUGCCAAUCGAAUCUGCAAAGUUUUGAAGGUCAACCAAGAAAACGAACGACUUAUGGAAGAAUACGAGCGGUUGGCUAGUGAUCUGUUGGAAUGGAUUCGUCGCACUAUGCCGUGGUUGAAUUCGAGACAAACUGAUAGUACGCUGGCAGGUGUACAGAAGAAGCUGGAAGAAUACAGAACCUACAGACGCAAACACAAGCCACCACGAGUAGAGCAGAAGGCCAAACUUGAAACUAACUUCAACACUUUGCAAACCAAGCUGCGUUUAUCGAACCGCCCAGCUUACAUGCCAACAGAGGGCAAGAUGGUCUCCGACAUUGCGAAUUCUUGGAAAGGCUUAGAACACGCAGAAAAGGCAUUUGAGGAAUGGUUACUUGCGGAAACCAUGCGCCUUGAACGUCUGGAGCAUCUGGCCCAAAAAUUCAAGCACAAGGCUGAUACGCACGAGGAUUGGACCAAGGGCAAGGAAGAAAUGUUGCAAUCGCAGGACUAUCGCAACUGUAAGCUGAACGAACUCAAGGCUCUCAAGAAGAAGCACGAAGCAUUUGAGUCCGAUCUGGCCGCUCAUCAAGAUCGUGUUGAACAAAUUGCUGCCAUUGCUCAAGAGCUGAAUACUUUGGAGUAUCACGAUUGUGUCUCGGUCAAUGCCCGUUGCCAACGUAUUUGCGAUCAAUGGGAUCGUCUGGGAGCGUUGACCCAGCACCGCCGUCAAGGUUUGGAUGAAGCUGAAAGAAUCCUUGAGAAGAUUGACUUACUGCACUUGGAGUUCGCCAAACGAGCUGCUCCUUUCAACAAUUGGCUGGAUGGAGCCCGCGAGGACCUUGUCGAUAUGUUCAUCGUACACACGAUGGAGGAAAUUCAAGGCCUGAUUCAAGCCCACGAUCAAUUCAAGGCAACUUUGGGUGAAGCAGAUAAGGAAUUCAACGUAAUUGUCGGCUUAGUCCGUGAUGCGGAGGCUAUCGUCAAGCAGGAGCAGGUCCCUGGAGGCCUUGUUAACCCUUACACUACUUUAACUGCUGAUGCAAUAAGCCGCAAAUGGUCUGAAGUACGCGCUCUGGUUCCGCAGCGUGAUCAAACUCUGGCAAAUGAAUUGCGUAAGCAACAGAAUAAUGAAAUGCUCCGCCGGCAAUUUGCCGAGAAAGCCAACGCUGUUGGACCAUGGAUCGAACGCCAAAUGGAUGCCGUGACCGCUAUUGGAAUGGGUAUAUCGGGAUCACUUGAAGAGCAGUUGCACCGUCUGAAGGAAUACGAACAAGCAGUCUACGCUUACAAACCAAGUAUUGAAGAGCUGGAGAAGAUCCACCAAGCUGUACAAGAGUCGAUGGUCUUCGAAAAUAGAUACACGCACUAUACUAUGGAAACUUUGCGCGUUGGUUGGGAACAACUGUUAACGUCUAUCAACAGAAAUAUCAACGAAGUCGAGAAUCAAAUUCUCACUCGUGAUUCCAAGGGAAUUACACAGGAGCAGUUGACCGAAUUCCGUUCCAGCUUCAACCACUUCGAUAAAAACCGCACGGGUCGCCUGGCACCAGAGGAAUUCAAGUCAUGUCUAGUGUCCCUUGGAUAUUCGAUUGGGAAGGAUAAGCAAGGAGAUAUGGACUUCCAGCGCAUUCUAGCCGUAGUAGACCCGAACAACUCCGGAUACGUACAAUUUGACGCGUUCCUCGACUUUAUGACUAGGGAAAGCACCGAUACCGAUACUGCUGAACAGGUUAUUGAUUCCUUCAGAAUUUUGGCCUCGGAUAAGCCUUACAUUUUGCCGGAUGAACUUCGUCGCGAGCUGCCACCAGAUCAAGCAGAGUAUUGUAUUCAGAGGAUGCCACCAUACAAAGGACCGAACGCCGUUCCUGGGGCUCUUGAUUACAUGUCCUUCAGUACAGCACUGUAUGGGGAAAGUGAUUUGUAAUUGCCACCGGAGCAAUUCCUUUGGAGAUUGUCACAUUAUAUUGAGCACAUUGAGUAAAGCGAAGCAGAAACAACUCCGGUUAUAUGUUACAUGCCAUAUAUUGUGUUAAGAAAAGAAAAAAAUGACGAAAUAAGAUCUUUUAUGUCAUCGAUAACCAGCUCUUAUAAACCGGUCACUUGUUGUCUGGUGACGCGUUUGUUGAAUCAACAUCCAUCCAAUCGACAUGCGAAUCAGAAUGCCAUAAUUCGAUAAAAUUACAAGAUUAACACAGAGGACAAUGCUACGAUGUGUGCGAGAAGAAAAAAAAAAAAUAUUGGAAAAUGUAAUCCUACAAAUCAACUAUUUAUUUUUUAUUAGCUACCCACUAAAAUUAUUUUUUAAUAAAAUGUGUUUUCGAAUCGACAAAACAUGA